AUGGAAUUUGAUCACCCAUGCAGGGACACUCCGUGGCCAUGGACAGCAGAGAUCUCCUGGAGGGAGGAUUGGCUGUGGGAGAGAUAAAGUAAACUGCCCCAUGAACAGAAGAUAACUGCCCUACCUUUAACAGAUGGUAAUUUAAUAUACACUCAGCUAAAUGUGAGACACUUCCUCACUUGCUUUAUGUAAUACACUUACCCAAAGCCCACAACAGCAUCUGGCUAUGGCCUCUUUAGUGAUGCCACCUCCAGGCUGUCCCAAAUAAGCAUCACUGUUGUCCCAUGUACAGGUUUGCAGUGCUGGAAGGACUGGCCAGAGAAGAGGGGAUGCUGGAGACACAGCUUCUGGGUUUUAUUAACUGGAGAAGAAAUACCAGCAGUUAAGAUGAGGAAGGGAAGAUCCCAGCCCUCCUGCUUGGCUAGGGGCAGGCUCUAGGCAUGCCAGUAAUUCCUGCUUCCUUGACUUCCAGUCUGUUCUUCACAGCAAAUCAUGAUUUGCUCUCACAGAGAGGUGUAAAAUUAUCCCUCCCAACCUGCUUACCUGGAGUGAUACCUGGGAUAACCUGGAGUGAUAAUCCAAAAAGAUGGGCUUGGAGCAACCUGGUCUAGUGGAAGGUGUCCCUGCCCAUAGCAGACAAGUGGAAUGAGAUGGGCUUUCAGGUCCCUUCCAACCCAAACCACUCUGUGACUCUGUGCUGGGAGUGCUGUGGGCUCUGUGGGCACGAGAGGCCUUGCAGAGGGAUCUGCACAGAUGCACCACGGGGCAGUGCCAGGGGCACAGAAUUGCUGAGUCCAAGGGCUGGGUCCUGCACCCAGGGUGGAGCAACGCCGAGCACGAGGCUGAGCUGGGAGAGGAGUGCCUGGGGUGGGGAGCGCCCUCUGGAAGGGGCUGGGGGUGCUGGGUGGCAGCAGCUCAGCAGGAGCCAUCGCCAGGAGGGCAGGGGGCAUCCCGGGGGCAGCCACGCAGCGCGGGCAGCGGGCCGGGAGAGGGCAUGGCCUGGCCGUGCCCAGCACCAGCAGCCUCGCCAGAGGGCUCCAGGGCUGGAGAUGGUGGGAAGGGGCUCGAGCGUGUCCAGAGGAGAGACCCACGCUGGGGCUGGGAGUGUGACCUGGGAGGAGGCUGAGGGCUCUGGGUUUGGCUGCUAUGCAGAGAAGGAGGCUGAGGGACAGCCUCAUCCCCCUCUGCAGCUUCCUGGGGAGGGGGCAUGGAGAGGGAAGUGCUGAUCUCAUGGGAAUGCUGCUCUCAAAGCAGGGCCAGGGGAGGCUCAGGCUGGACAUUGGGAAGUGUUUCUUUACAGAGCAUGUAACCAAACGCUGCACCAGGCUUCCUGGAGAGAUGGCUGAUGCCCUGGACUGUCAGUGUUUAAGAGGCAUUUGAGCAGUGGUGUAACUGCAGGGCAGCCCUGAACUGGUCAAGUCGGACCAGAUGAUUGUCCUAAGUUCCUUCCAGCUGAACUGUUCUAUUCUAACAUGAAGGGUUUUGUUGGUUUUGGGGUUUGGUUCUAUGUGCUACAGUCUGGUUUGUAAUUCAUGGUUUGUUGUACAAAACCACAUUGUCACCUUUCUGCUACAGAGGGCUGUGAGUCACUAAUCUCCUGGCUUACUUGGUGUUUGUUAGUUAUAUCCUUAUUUACUGAUACGUGUCACUCAUAACCUAGGCUCUUUUGGAUCCAAAUGAAGCAGGUGGUGAUAAGAAAGAGCCUGGGCAUUUUCCAAAGGUAAAUAGUGUCACUGAGCUGAUAACCUUUUACAACAAAAGGAUGUUUUCUGUCAACAUGGGCAGAGCACUGGAUGUCAGCAAAGCUUGUUGCACUCUUUCCCACAAUCUUCUCCAGGCAGGACAGGGAUUUGAGAGGCUUGGCCUGAUGGAAGGUGUACCCUGCCCAUGGCAGGGGGGUUGAAACAAGAUGAGCUUCCAACCUAAACCAUCCUGUGAUUCUGUGAUUCUCCUGGACUGCCUGGGUGGGCUGUGGGACAGGUAAUAAGCUGGCUCAGGCUGUGCUCAGAAGGAGCCCAUUGAUGGAUUUUACUCAGGUGUACUGGUUUGGAAAGCCUUACUGGAUGCCAUGAGAAUAGGCAAGGUGGUGUCUUAUGCAGUAGCAAUCUUCUCCACUACCUGGUUUUCGGUGACACUGGCUCUUCCACAGAGCGGUGAAAUAAAUGUUCCAUCCAGAGCCUUGUUCUUCAAAGAAAAACCAUCCUGAAGAGUGUUUUCUUCUGUUUUGAGGCAGAACACCAUCUCUACAAGGCUGCAUGCUGUCAGAUUGCACUAAGGGUGCUCAGCAACGUGUUGCAGUGCCCUUCCCAACACAUUCUAAGAGCACCUCUCUCUCAGCUUGGGCACAUGGAUGCUUUUGACAGAAAUACCUCCAUGUGUUCCAUGGCCUGCCAGUACCUGGUCCUGCUCUCCUCUCUUGUCUGUUCAACCCUUGCUCUCCUCUAUGGCACACUCCCCACCUCUCCCUUCCUCCUUCAGGAUGAGUCAGAGAGGAGCUGAUUGUCCUCUUCUGGGGUGGAGCAAAGUGAACAAUGCCAUCAUUUGCAAAGAAAAAGAAUUUUGUCAUGGAAAUGGUGGUCAGGCAUUGGCAGGAGCUGCCCAGGGAGGUUUGGAGUCCCCAUCCCUGGAGGUGUUCAAGGAAUGCCUGGAUGUGGCACUCGGUGCUCUGGGCUGGUUACAAGGUGGAUAUUGGUCACAGGCCGAACUCAAUGGUCUUGGAGGUCUCUCCCAACCCUAAUGGUUCUGGAAUUCUUUGGCUCUGUGACAAGAGAAGGCAGCUUGUGCAACACAGCCUGUGUUGCUUGGGUGUGGGGUGAUGAAAAGCUAUGGGCAGUCCAUGAUGUUUUAAAAGAAAUAUGCAGGAUUUGCUUUCUGCCAGGAUAGGCUGAUGCAGCUAGUUCUUUCUGAAUCAAGCUGUUUAUAUUUUCUGCCCUUUUCCUACACCAUUCUUUCUUUUUUUUCCCCCAAAACUACUGACCAUCAAUGUGUAAAAUACAGACUUUCCACAUGAAAGGCUCUUUUUGGGAAGUGGAACUUUCCAUAGUUCUCUUUUUCAACUGUUUACAGAGAGGGUGCUCGGGAGGGAGACACACAACCCUGUGCUGUGGCCAGGGAAGUUCUGGCAUAGCUCCAUUUAACCAUCUUCCUUACACUUGGAGAUCCUAAAGCUCCAUGUAAGUUUUACUGUUUCAGUAAACAAUGGAGCAGUUCCUGGGGGAAUACAAGGGGGGAGUUAGUGUAGGGUUAUUUUAUCUUUCCUAGACCUUGCUUCUGUGUUCUCAGUGGUGCUUUCACAUAAUGGUGCACUGUUGUUUAUAGGAGGGAGAGACAGGAUGGGUAUGUGUAUGUGUAUUUUUAGAAAGAACCAUUGUGACAGGAAUUUCUGGUCUAAAAUUCUAAUUUUUCUGAGACAAAUUUAAAUACUGGAAUGCUGUGAAUGCUCCACACUUCGAACUGUAAGACCAGUGGUCUUCUGGUACAGUAAGGACUUGGUUCUCUCUACUGGUUUUGCCUUUCUCCGUACAGGAUUAUGGCUGGGAUAGAGUUAAUUUUCUUGACAGCGGCUGCUCUGGAUCUGUGUUUGGAUCAGCGAUGGAAGCACAGGAAUGUUGUAGCUGUUACUGAGUGGUGCUUACACAACAUCAAGGUCUGUUCUGCUCCUCACCCUGCCCCACCGGAGUGGGGCUGGGGUGUGCAAGGAGCUGGGAGGGGACACGGCUGAGCUGGCUGAGCACAGAGCUCUCCCACACCGGAGGAGGCCGUGCUCAGCAAUAAAAGCUGGGGAGGAAGGAGGAAGGGGGUGUUCCCGAGUCACCGUUACGCGUGGUAGAGCCCAGCUUUCCUGGGAUGGCCGAACACCCGUCUGCGGCGGGAAGCAGAGAAUGAAUUCCUUUUGAUUUCCCUGCUUGUGCAGGUUUUGCUUUACCUGUUAAACUGCCCUUAUCACAACCCACGGGUUUUUGCAUUUCCACCUUCUGAUUCUCGCCAUCCUGCUCCAAAAGCCCGACUCCCCCAGGGCCAGCCCCCAACAGGAAGCAGAGGCAGGAUGGAGUGAUGAAUCUCACCCCAGCUCACUAACUCUGUGUCACCUGGCUGCCCUUCUCUGCCCCAGUCUCUGAGCAGCCUGCCUCCACAUGAGGACAAGUAUUCAUGCCUGGCAUAAAUUUUUUUUUUGGUGUAACCAAAGUUGACAAUUCGUGUACAACACCCCAGGAGAGAGCAAUGAAUCAAUUGUAAAAGUGUAAAAAAUGGGCUUUUGUGAUCCGUGGGCUCUACCAGCUCCUGAGAGAGAAAUGGCACAGCUGACGUGUGUAAUGUAACAGGAGAAAGAGGUCGCUGAAACGUGCUCCCCCUGCCAGCAGCAGCUGGUGCUAUGCCAAGAGUAACCCUAGAAAUUCUCCAUAAAAGAGCACAUUGACUCAGGUUCUGCUAAGAAACUCAAGGAAAGCAAUCCUACACCUUGCUAAUCUCUGCAUCUUGGCAUGCCAGGUGUCUCAUAAUUUUCAGCUUCUGCCUGGGACUUUCCUUCCUCUCGGGAUUCUUCCAUAUGAAGAAUAAGAAUUACAGGAUCUCAAAGAGCCGCAAGGAGCUGCUGAUCCCUGCCACGCCGUGCCAUGCCAAGACAAACGUCAUGUUCCUCAAAACCCACAAGACUGCCAGCAGCACUGUGCUCAAUAUCAUGUUCAGAUUUGCAGAGAGGUACAACCUCACUGUCGCCCUCCCUGCUGACCAGCUCUUCCACCUGGGCUACCCCAGGACUUUCGUGGCCCACUUUGUGGAAGGCUUUGAAACCAUAGGCCAAAAUUACAACAUCAUGUGCAAUCACCUGCGGUUUAACCCCUUGGAGGUAAAAAAGGUGAUGGCAGCCAACACCUUCUACUUCUCCAUCCUGAGGAACCCCAUUCCUCUGCUGGAGUCUUCCUACAUCUACUACAAGGACUAUGUGCCUGCCUUCAGGAGCUCCAAGAAUGUGAACGAGUUCCUGGAAUCACCCAGAAAGUAUUACCACCCAGCAGAUUACAGGAAAAACAUCUACGCCAGGAAUAUCAUGUGGUUUGACUUCGGCUACGAUAACAAUGCGGAGGAUGACACGAACUACACCCAGGCUGUGCUGGAGGAGAUCGAGCAGAACUUCCACCUCAUCUUGAUAGCAGACUACUUUGAUGAGUCCAUGAUCCUCCUGAAGCACACUUUGUGCUGGGAUCUGGAUGAUGUGAUUUACUUCAAGCUCAAUUCCAGAAGCCAGGACACUGUCCAGACAUUGACUCCAGAAAGUGAGGAGCAGAUAAAAGCCUGGUGCUCCCUGGACUGGAAGCUCUACCUGCACUUCAACCACAGCUUCUGGAGGAGAAUUGAGGAGACCAUAGGGCUCCAGGUGCUGGAAAAGGAGGUGGAUCAGCUGCGGACCAGACAGAAGGAGCUCAUGGAAACUUGUCUCUCAGAGCAGGAGGCAGUGAGGAAGGAUCACAUCAGGAAUAAAGCUCUCCUGCCUUUCCAGUCAGGGGCUGCAAAUAUCCUGGGUUACAACCUCAAACAAGACUUGGACAACACGACUCUGAGAACCUGCCAGAAAAUGGUCAUACCAGAGCUCCAGUACACGUCCUACCUUUAUGCUGUCCAACACCCACACAAGAAGAAGAAAGAUGUGGGAUUGCCAUUGCUGUGGACCAGUCUCCAGGAGAAGAUGCAGCUCCCAGGGUCCAAAUAGGACAUGUGGCAACCCGCUGUGGCUUCCCACCGCUUUGCAUCACCCCUUGUCUGACAUCUAACUGACCCACAGGACUCUUGUGCAUGAGGGGCAGGAAGUGGGGGCUUUGCUUAAGGACACCAAGUUGGUGGUUGGUCUCUUUUUGGGGACCUUGAGCCAAAGGCUUUGCAUUGUCCAGAUCCUGGGUGAUCCCUGCCUGCUCCUGGCUGGAGGGAGCCAGGCUGGCUGCAGCUGGCCAAGACAUUCCAGCCUCUUAAUCAUUAAUCAGGAGCGUGAUCAUUUGCCUUCGUUUGAUUUUAUUUGAUAUCCAUCGUUGCAUCAGUCUGGUCACAGCUCACUGGAGCAAGUCCUGAUUUUGGAGGGUUUUAGGGGAGGGGG